AUGGGCGAGCCGUUUCUUGACCCAUGGCAAGUCGCCGCCGCUGCUUCGUCGGGAUUGAGCUACGGAGAUGAUGAUGAGUUGGGCGUUUCGGCUGGGAAGUACGCGAGAAUGGAUGGAUUGGAUGGGGAUAAUCACGAGAAAGAGAGAUUCGCAAGGGAAAAUCAUUCGGAGAUCGAGAGACGUCGCCGCAACAAAAUGACACAUUACAUCAACGAGUUAGCCGAGAUGGUACCACAAUGUGCCGCAUUGGGGAGAAAGCCCGACAAGUUGACGAUUCUGCGAAUGGCCGUUUCACACAUGAAAGCGAUUAGAGGAAAUGCACCACAGGACGAAGCCUCCUAUAAACCGUCGUUUCUCACCGAUCAAGAGCUGAAACAUUUGAUUCUUGAAGCGGCAAACGGUUUUCUUUUUGUUACGUGUUGCCACACGGGGAGAGUGCUUUACGUAUCGGAUAGUAUCACACCGGUGUUGAACUUGAAACAGGAAGAGUGGCUGAAUCGAAAUCUUCACGAGUUGAUCCAUCCGGAUGAUCAGGACAAAAUUCGGGAUCAACUUUGUGGGAGUGAAGCGGCACUGAAUCGAGUAUUGGAUUUGAAGAAUGGAGGAGUGAAGAGAGAGGGUGCCAAUUCCCGUGUGCACAUGUCAUGUCGUCGUGGCUUCAUUUGUCGAAUGAGAGUCGGCCCAUUGGAGGCUUUGCAUCGACUCCGAAAUCGUCGACCCCUUUUUACGCAUGGCGGACAUACAUAUGUGGUCAUGCAUUGCACUGGAUACAUCAAAAACGCUCCUCCAGCCGGAAUCGAGGCCCCAGCUACAUCAUGCUUGGUGGCAAUCGCUCGAUUACAGGUGGCUUCGAUGCCGAUUUGCGCGGAUCCGACCACAUCAACGCAAUUCUCGGUGAGGGUGGCCGAGGAUGGAAAGAUGACAUUCGUCGAUCAACGAGCCACCGCUUUACUCAAUCUCUCAAUUGAUCAGCUCCUCGGUCGAUAUUGGUGGCAAAUUGUGCACCCGGGCGAUGAGCAGCUGUUGCACGACGCUUUUCUCGCGUUGAUUGCGAAUCAACCCCUCCGUGUCACCUGUCGAGUGCGGACAGCGACUGAUUAUGUGAACUGUUGCAUAUCGGCCUAUAAAUUUUUGAAUCCGUACAGUGACGCUUUCGAAUACGUCGUCGCCACACAUCAAACGAUUCCCGCCGACGAUCCGACUUGGCAACCACCGCACGACGCUUUCCCGACAGCCCCAGGCCAGGGUGAUUACGGUGCAGCGGCAGCGGCUGCAGUGGCCGCGAGCACCGAUUGGCAACAAGCUGAGCGGAUGGCGCAAUGGCCUUGGGAACACCCGAAUGCCGCAUUGCAUCACUCAUUCCGACAA